AUGUCAAGAUACCACAAAGCAGCUAUUGAUGGAUAUCUGGAUCUCCUUAAGGAAGCCACCAGGAAAGAUCUGAACACCCCAGAUGAAGACGGAAUGACACCAACCCUCUGGGCUGCAUUCCACGGACAUCUUGAGGCACUUCAACUUAUAUGUAGCAGAGGAGGGGACCCUGACAGAAGUGACAUUUGGGGCAACACCCCUUUGCACCAUGCAGCAACUAAUGGCCACUUGCACAUUCUGAACUUCUUGGUCAACUUUGGUGCCAACCUCUUCUGUCUGGACAAUGACUUUCACACUGCCAUGGAUGUGGCUGCCUCACGUGACCGCAUGGAUUGUGUGCGUUUUCUAGACAAUGCUGCCUCAAAGCAGACCAUCCAGAACCCCAAGAAGGUGAUCCGUUUAAAAGAGCAGGCCAUCAAGGAGGCAGAGAGGCGGGUGAAGAUGUGCGAGAAGGUCAAGAAACGGCAUAAGAGUAAAAUGGAUAAGAUGUACCGUAGCCCUGUUUCUGAGAACAGAGUGGCCUCCUCCAGUGCAGACACCAUUAGUGUCAAUGAUCAGUUCUCAAAGGUGAUUGCCUCUGACAUCUCCGGCUCCCUAACUGCAAGGGUCAAGGGCACCCUCCAGCGCAAAUUUGGAAGGAAGGAUAAGAGUGAGGCUGAGCAGCAGAGUGACAGUAACGUCAUCUAUGUGAAGCAGGAGAAUGGGACCACAGACCAGCCGGACUUUGUAGAAGUUUUCACUGAGCAGGGUGAAGCUGAAGAGGAUGAAGAUGGAAGGAGAGGAAUGGGAUUUGAAGAUGAGGAAGAUUUAGAGUCCACAAAGGAGUCCAUAUUCAAUAGACCUGGCCUAGGGACUAUGGUCUUCAGGAAGAAUUUAUCUAUGGCAGUGGGUAUGGAGGCAGAUGAUUUUCCCUCUGUUACCACAGAAGAUUUUGGCUUCUGCAUCCGUGAGGAGGUGUUCCACUCUGUGGACGAUGGCACUGAGGAAGCUGAAGAUGGGGAAAUUCCAUGGAAUGAGGAGGAUAUUGUUUGGGAUGAGGAAGAGGAGGAGACAUCACCCCUGGCUGCCUUCCUGGCCUCUCUUAACCUAGUUGAUUUUGCUCCUGUGUUUAACCGUGAGCAGCUGGACUUGGAGGGGCUCAUGCUAUGCUCAGAUAAUGACCUGAAGGGCGCCCAAAUCCAGUUGGGGCCUCGAAAGAAAAUCCUUGAGGCAGUUGCACACAGAAGGAAGGCUCUUGAGAAUCCCAGAACCAUUACGGACAGCCAUCUGUGA